AUGGAUACUGGUCUUCGUCGUCUUCAUCGUCUUCAUCGUCUCCAUCCGUCAGAGGCACAGGAGCGGCUGAAUUCAGAGUUGGCAGCAGAUGAGGUCGACGAAGAAGCCCGGGAGAAUAAAGACAAGGCGACGGAUCCAGGGGCUCCGCAUCUGGUUACUCAGGGAACGUAUGAGAUUGAAGGUGCAAGUCUCGAGUAUGAGAGCGACGGAGUACAGGCUUGA